GAAGACCAAUGUCCCGGAAGUGGCUUGCUGUUUUUUAAAAAAUCGGCGGUCGCUACUAGCUCGUCACACCGUCAUUAAUUUGAAGUCCUAUCAAACCAAAACCCUUCAAAUACAAACUCCACGAAGACAUCCAAAGGAUAAUAAAACCCAGGAGGACACAAAAGGGCCUAUGGGACAUAUUUAUUGUUUUCAAACUUGACCUUGCUUCACCAAGAAUAUCAUGCUGCCGCCGCAUCAGCAGUGUAAAGAGCAGCCAGGACUUUUAGGAAAACUUUGUCCUGGGGAGAAGAAACUUCAGGGGAAGACCUUCUAUCUGGACAAUGUAAAGAAACGUCCUACAGCCCUGCUUUUGGAAGCCAUAUCAGUCCUCGGCGGGGGGGUGGAGAGCUUCCUCCACAGAGAUGUGAGCUUUGUGGUUACGGGAAGUCAAGAAGAGCUGGAGGAGAAGAGGCCUGCGGGAAUCAAGACGUGCGAUAAGUCUCACCAGCCUGUGAAGCAGCGAGAAAGCAUCCCUGAAGGCAGCAAACAGGGACCGGCAACUCCUCGGCCUGUGGCUUGUGGCAGCCGAGGAAAAGCCCUCCUCGAAAAAGCCAUUCGGAACAACGAGCGGUUGCAGGGGAGCAGCGUGUUGGCAAAUGCCCGUUCGUGGGGAGUGAGCAUUGUGCAUGUGGAUGAUGUUGUUUUAUACUUGAAGAAGCUGACCGGUGAACGGGGGUUUGCGAAACCCAGCAGACAUGAGAGGACUUCCACCCAGCAUCAGUCUUGUCGUCAUGUCAAAGCUGCACCUCUGAGAUCUCCUUUUCUCAAAAUUGAGGACAUCAGCAGGAAGUACAAGCCCUUGCACAUGCAGUCCAUGAGCUUCCCCUCGCUGUGCCCCUCCGGCCGAUUCAGUCCCUUCGAGUCUCCUCCUCCUCGCUUUGUGAAGACGCCACAGAGAGAAAAUAAAUCCAGGCCGAAGGGCAAAGUUCAAAACAGCAGUAGGGACAAAUCUCGAACCGUGUCCCUUUGGCCGCCGCGGAAGAAGGGCAUCUCUUACUGCGAAUGUUGCCUUCAGUCCUUCACCAACCUGGACGAGCACUUGCAGUCGGAUCAGCAUCGCGCCUUUGUACUGGAGACCUCAAAUUAUGGCGCGUUGGAGCGUCUCGCGCUCAAAAUGGUUCCCAGCUUCGAACUCGAUCCUUCAGAAGAAGUCGUAAAUAGACACCCAGCUGGUCUCCCAACCCCAAGCAACUGUGAACUGGAGGUUCUCACCGAUGCCGAGAUAGAACUUGAAGUUCAGGCCUUGCAAGGACAGUCAUCCUGCAGCAGACCUGCUCCUGAUCCUCCGGAAUCGCCAGAAGAACCGGAACAUAUCCCAUCAGCUGACACGCAGUGCCCCGAACCCGAGAGCCUCCUCCACACUUCAGCUGCGCCCUUGUGUGUAUCGGACAAUUUUCCCCAAGUUCAUUUUCCCGCCAGGCUGCAGCCUCCACCGCUUUCACUCAAGCCCACCGCGCAAGAUCUAGAUUUUGACAUAUACGGCCCACCCCCAGUCCUCAGCCCGCAGGUUUUCAUUUCCGGAGACGUAGAGCCCUUUAUUCUGUACUCAGAACCUCCUGACCUCGAACCUCAGAACUACACCACCGAGGACUGCGAUUAUGACGCGGAAACUGGAGCAAGUGUGUCAGAUGCUCUUCCCACUUCUCAUCUCGCCCACCCUUCCGUGGCAGUGUCCAUUGCUGAAGAAGCGAAGGGCUCCCGCCAGGAGAGAGUUUCGAGCGAGCCCUCGAUUCCUUUUCUGCAAGCUCGCCCGUCGAGUUUAAACCUCAAAAAGCGUCGUCGGCAUUCCAGCUGCGAGCACGACCGUGAGAAAAGAAGAAGGGCAGCAGCCGAUGAAUUCGCAGAAUCAGAAAUUCGCUGUUGUAUUUCGAAGCGGACCCCUGUUCAGUUAGUGCUGUCUAAAGAAAAUACCUCUCAAAUCGACCGUGUGUGUUCUCCUGCGGGAGACAGACUGGACUUUUCUCCAUUUAACAGGUUGGAGACAACAUGGUCGCCUGCCUCAAAGUUCCCUUCCCCUCGGUGUCCGGCCCUCUCCAGCCAAGACUCCCAGCAAUGCGCCUCGUUGUGCAUCGACCCGGCGCUGAUCCCGGACGUGGCCCGGCUCUCCUCGUCCGAGUCGGACUGGGACUGCGACCUGCUUUCUCGCUUGGGCCCCGCUCAGACCGGGUCGGGCCCCGACGAGCCAGCAGCGGCGGCGGCGGGCGACCUGGACACGGAGUUCCUCCACAGGCCGUGUACAUGGAUGAAGGACACCGGCUACGAGUCCCGGCUGCACACCGCCCUGCAGCCGUCCACCACUGCCGGGGAGCCCCUGGCUUUUUCCAGGACGGUGGUCCAAAUUGUUGAGGUACUUCACUGAACGCACUUUCCUGGACCAUCAUUGUGAGGAACUCGCACGACCCUGCGCAUUGUCUUGUAGAAAAAGUGUUUACAGCUUUGCAUCUGCUCUCAGUAGGCAGACAUCAAAACAGGCUAGUGGGGAAUAAAUGGUGGCGCCACCUUUUUGGUUUUGUCUGAGCGGCCAGUAGCCUGCUCAUAAAAAGAAGCCUCUGGGCUGGAGGAAUGCUUGCCCUGCUACAUAUACACCCCCCCCCCCCCCCCCCCCGCAAAAAAGAAAAGUGAAUUUACGUUCCAGUAGGACUUUCAUUUCAAUAUUUCUUUGUUAGUACCAGACAGUAUCACUUAAAUCUUUGUUAAUGUAUUAUUUUACGUUCAGCUAAAUGUUGGCAGUUGUGGCAGGAAAUGGUAAAGGUUGC